CAUCGUACAGUUCACGUUAGAGGAUAUUUGUCCCGUGGCGAAACUUUGCACCCGUGGGCUACUUUAUUUCACGGCUCUGUAUAAACGGAAUUAAUUUUACGGACAUGCACGUGUGGUUGUGGAGCAUGUGAUAUAGAACGACACGGUUGAGUUGUGUCGAUUCAUACGAGCUGUCUUAUUUACUCACCCCGUGACCACAUAAUAGGUGAUUCAGGUAUUCUUAACAUAUUUACGUCUACAGCGGCGUGCAAAUCGUCAACUGUUGCCGGAUAAGCUGUCAGUGUGUCUCGGUCCGUACAUAUAGGUAAAUACCUGGCGAGGUGUGACCCUCGAAAGCGCGAUACGUAGUACACUCAUUCAAACGUCAAGUGAAACUGACUCAGGCGAGGCGAGCAAACUUGCAAAACUGUAAAUUUCUUAACCAGGAACUGAUAUUCUGAUUUUCUGAUUUUUAUGUACUCUUGACAAAGUAUGUGUCAUGGAAAGAACACCACCAAGAGCUGAGUAACGAUUUGGAGGGGUACAUUUAUCACAUCGGCGGAGUUCAAAGGACACGUGGAUAGUAUUGCGGCUUUAAAGGCUUAUGUUGUAAUAUUUGACGUUUCAGUGACCGGGACCGAGGUUAUAAAACAAGUGUGUGGCUCGAGGGCUGACUGGCUGGCUGGGUGAGAUAUCCACACACACGCCCGGCUUUACGUGUGAAGUUUAACCAUAACUUCCUAUAUGGCUCAAUCUAAUAACUGCGUCAAAUCGGCAGUCCAGUCGACCUCCGUAAGCGGUAAAGGGAACUUGUCACUCCAGUUUGUCAAUUGCCCCGGCGACAACAACGGGCGAGCAGGCGGCAGAAACAGCGCCAUGAAGUCGGGCUGCUUCGGUCGCGCUAACCGUCUGAGGGUUUCCCCAGCACAGAUCCUCUUUGAUCUACUUAUAUUCGCCAUAGUUGCAACCCCUGUAGCUGUGUUUUUCUUUGUCAUCAGUCCACAUCGUAUUGGGUUUUUCUGUGAUGAUAACAGUAUCCGGUAUCCAUAUCAUCCGGACACCAUCUCCACAACCAUGCUUGUCUUACUGGGUCUGCUUAUUCCACUACUGGUGAUGGUUUUGGUGGAAUUUUUCAACAAAAGACGAAAGAAACUGGUACUAGGAAGCCCCACACGAUUCAUUGAUGCGUGUAAAGGGUACGCAGUCUUCUUGUUCGGAGGUCUGGUCACUGAGAUGUUCGUGGAAAUGGCAAAAACAUCCAUAGGUCGACUUCGCCCACACUUCAUAGAUGUCUGUCAACCUGAUUGGUCCAAAAUAAACUGCAGCACUGGGUAUAUCCUAAAUUACGAAUGCACAAACAGCAAAAAAUUCAGUCCAACAACGUUAAAGGACAGCCACCUUUCCUUCCCAUCAGGACAUGCUGCCUUCAGCGCAUAUUGUGCCUUAUAUGCUGUGUUUUACAUCCAGUUGAGGUUUAAUAUAAACCGGACACAGCUACUGAAGCCUAGUUUACAACUAACAUUAGCCGUGCUGGCUUUCUACUGUAACGUUACCAGGGUGAUGGACUUCAAGCACCAUCCUACUGACGUCAUAGGGGGAGCUUUCAUUGGCUGUCUGAUAGCUUUUAUUAUUUUCUUCAAACUGGCAGUGCCUGUGAUGAAAACCUCAGUCCCCAGUGUCCUUCCCACCCAUCAGAACAACCACCGCAAACCUCACUUUCAUCACAUGGACUCCGUCAUGACGACGGUUUCCUCUUGCCCAUCGGAUGUGGGCUCCUACCAGGCGGUGUCUGAGGACAGCUCUGAUCAUGCCAUCACCGGGACAAAUGCUCCUGUGCCACUGAUCACCAAAGACAUGGCUUAGCACCUUUGUUAUUGUUUUCAUUGUUGUUGUUUAUAUUCUUCCCUCAAUUGCUGUGCUUUC